GUCUGUGCAGCCAACCCACGUGUGGACACUUCCUGUAAAGGGGGGGUGGCCUGAUCAACACACUACAAGACCUGUUUUGAAGUGUUUUUAAACUAUGGAUGAUUUACCUGCGGACCUCAGAGCAUUUCUUCCUAACCACCCUUUUCUUCAGCUCACAGACGGCAAGAAGAUCAAAUGCACACUGAAUGGCCACGAGUUGCCGUGCAACCUAACGGAGGUGCAGAAGUUCACACAAGGGAAGAAAUAUGAGAAACUCAGUGCUGCAGCAGAGUUCAACUACAGCCAGUAUGAACCACACAUUGUGCCAAGCACAAAACAACCCCUUCAGCUCUUCUGCAAGCUCACCCUGAGACACAUCAACCGGCAGCCGCACCACAUCCUAAGACAUGUCAACGGCAAACGCUUCAAAAAGGCCCUCUCCAAAUAUGAAGAGUGUGUGAAGCAGGGCAUUGACUUCGUUCCAGCCAGACUCAAACAGAAAAAGCCCAAAGACAGUAUGGAGGAGGUCAGUCGUGGGAGGCCGUCAAAACUCGGGGGCGGCGUGUGGGAACCCUCAUCCAGCGACGAGGAUCACAGCGACUCCGAAGACAGCAUGAGCGACCUCUAUCCCCCGUCCAUGUUCACCUUAAAAAACCCAGCAGAAGAAAGUAUGGAGGGUGACAGGGAUGAGGAGGAAGACGACUUCCAAACAGAUGAAGACGAGGAGAUGGAGGUGGAGAAGCAGGUGCAGGUGCAGAAACGCAAAAAGGUGCAGGGCGGUGGUUUCCAGAAGAAAUUCAGAAAUAAUCACUGGAAAUCAGGGCGUAAGAAACGUGGGAAAGUGCAAAGUGGAAAGUAAAAUGUAAAGCCGUACCUGUAUGGUAUUUUUAUACCUGGUAUUUUGUCAGGGAGCUGCUCUUACAACCAGUUUGUGUGGUGUAGUAUUCCAAUGUCUGAUCCAGCCUGACCUUUGUAUAAAUGAACAUGGCAUCACUGCAACACAGCAAAUCAGGAGUUUUCUGAUGUUGUGAUGAUCUUGCACAGUUUCAACAAGGCAGGUUUACAUGAUGUGGAAAGUGUGUUUGUGGCAGCUGGCAGGUAUUUUGGACUGGACGAGUUGUGUUUUCUGGUUCACAAGCAGGAACACUGGCAUAAAAUACAACUCUGUUUGGACUCUGAAA